AUGACGGCGGUGACGGGCGCGGAGCGACCCCGCGAUGGCAGCUGCCACUUCCAGCGCUCCCGACUCAUCUGGAUGAUUGCCAUCACCUUCGGCAUGAUCGUUCUCGGCUGGGUAACGCUUUGGCCUUCAACUAUACCUUAUAGUUAUUUGGGAAUAUUUGGUACCUUCCUUAAUUAUUUAGUGGAAAAUCACCACAAAUGGGUAUGCUAUGGGUUCUGGGUGUCCUGGUUGAUUCACGUAGUAGAAGCCUUCUACGGUGUUAAGUUAUGCCAAUCUAAAGGAAUCACUGACCCAGCAAUUCAAUUUCAAUGGUUCAUUCAGACACUUUUAUUUGGGUAUGCUUCUUUUGGUCUGCUGGUAUCUUACAAACCUUCAGCCAAGAAGCACUACUAG